CUGGGAUUUUAUAACUACCACCCUCCCCGUACAGUGGUUUGCCCAACUCUCGCCGAGGAAGAAAUGGCGCCCGAAGCUCGGUUUGCCGUCGUUUCUCACACAGGUGCGUUUGACUUUACGCCGGCCUUUGAGGACGCUGUUCUGCGCAUCGUCCCUUCGGCCCUCUUUCUGGUUGUUGCCCUGCAGCGUCUCUUCUGGCUCGCCAGGCAGCCUCGCAAGGUCGCCAAAACCCACCAAUCGUUCGUGAAAGUGUCACUGUAGGGUCUUAUCGGUGUCUACACGGCUCUGCAGCUUGUGGUCCUGCUAUACUGCGCCCUGAAUGCACAGAAAUGGCCCUUCUCUCAACUGCGCACAUCGGCCGCGGUGCUCGCGUUUGUCGAUGGAUUUUUGCUCUUAUUUCUGUCCCACGCCGAGCACGCGCGCUCGGUGCGACCAUCGACCAUCAUCAACGUGUAUUUGCUCUUUACUCUGCUCUUUGACUGCGCCGUUGCCAGAACCCUGUGGCUUGCCAAUCACGACUCCACCAUCUCGAGCCUCUUCACCGCAACUGUUGUCAUCAAACUCGUUGUCUUGACUUCGGAAGCUUGGGAGAAGCGACCCAUUCUCUUGUCCCAGUACCAGCAUCUCUCACCAGAGGCGACCAGUGGGAUACUGGCCCGGAGUGUGUUCUUGUGGCUCAAUUCAUUGAUGCGAACUGGAUUUGCUCGCCCCCUGACUGGUCCUGACAUGCUCCCCAUCCAUGACAGCCUGGCUGCACGAACACUGCUCCCCGAAGCCCGCGACUCGUUUGGGUCGUCCAACCCGUCCAACCGCCAUGCCUUGGCCUUGUCCACCUUGUCAGCCACAAAGUAUAUCUUCUUGGCGGGCAUGGCGCCUCGGCUUUCAUUGGCAGCUUUCAAGUACACGCUGCCCUUUCUCAUCGCCAGGACGACCUCGUGGACGGCCGAUCCAUCGCAGCCGGACGAGAUUGGAUGGGGGCUCACGGGCGCAUGGCUGCUGGUCUUCCUCGGGCAAGCAAUCUCAAACGGCUUCCAUUAUCAGAUGACAUAUCGAUUUGUCACUGCUAUUCGCGGCAGUCUUUGCAGUCUAAUAUACACAAAUACCUUGAAUGUCAGUAGCACGGCUCUCGACGAGUCCGUGGCAGUAUCGCUCAUGUCUACCGACACUGAGAGUAUCUGUCAAAGCGCCACAUCCUUGCACGAGCUUUGGGCCGCGCCCAUCGAGUCUGCAGUCGCCAUCUUCCUCCUGUACAGGCAGCUUGGUCUUGCCGCUCUGGCCCCCGUCGCUGUAGCUAUAAUUGCUACUACUGGCACAUUGCAGCUGGCCCGGUUCAUUGGCCCGGCCAAGAAAAGAUGGAUGAGGGGGAUCCAAACGCGGGUCGAUGUGACGGCUUCCGUCCUCGCAUCGAUGAAGGAAGUCAAAAUGCUCGGCUUGGUAGAUGUCGUCGCAAGCAUGAUUCAAGGCCUCCGGAUAACAGAGCUGGACCUGUCCAAGCAGUAUCGGAGACUGUCUACUGUCCAGAUUUUCAUUGCAAUGAAUACUGCGACCAUCGCCCCUCUGGCGGCGUUUGCAACGUUUGUGGUUAUUUCCAAGAGCACUGGUCAGCCGUUGAACACCGAGUCGGCUUACACUUCGCUCUCGUUGAUCUACCUCUUGUCGGACCCCCUGAGUGCUGUUUUUCGUACUAUUCCAUACGUCAGUGCCGCCCUCGCGUGCUUUUCUCGCAUCCAAGCCUACUUGCUGUCGGAAGGCUGUACCGAUUGCCGCCUGCCCUUGAACCAGGCGGGUCAUACAUAUGAGAAAGGCGAUACUCUCAUGGCGUUAUCGAGCGCUAGCUUUGGCUGGGUUCCUGGAAAGCCCGACAUUCUCAACGACAUCACCCUCAAUAUUCGCAAAUCUUGCUUCACCUUUGUCGUCGGACCGGUGGGCUCGGGCAAGAGCACCCUCAUCCGAGCCAUUCUGGGAGAAGUCCCCCUCCGAUCAGGUUCAAUUCAUGGUGAUCUGGGCAACGUUGCGUUUGUUGGUCAGGAGCCCUGGAUCCAGAACCUGACAAUCCGGCAGAAUAUCCUCGGCAGUGGGAGCUACGACUCCAAAUGGUACAACACAGUUGUUCACGCGUGCGGGCUGGAGCAAGACUUUGCCCACUUUCCCAAAGGCGAUACGACUAAGGCGGGCAGCGCAGGAUUCUCGUUGAGCGGCGGCCAAAGGCAGCGCCUCGCAUUGGCUCGAGCUGUCUACUCGAGGGAAAGGACGGUCAUGCUGGACGAUGUCUUUGCAGGGCAGGACGCGGCGACUGAGGAGCACGUUUUCCAGAAUCUUUUCACUGAGACGGGUAUCUUCCGGCAAAUGGGCAUCACCGUGGUCUGUGCCACGAAUGCCAUCCACAGACUCGCCUACGCCGAUCACGUCGUUGCUCUGGAUGUUACUGGCCAUGUUGUGCAUCAAGGCCCAUUUGCCCAACUCCAAUCGGAUACACAUUAUCUGCACGGACUGGCAGUCGAGCAAAACGGUGACCCUAAUGCAGUCAGAGCUUUGAUGCAGCAUCGCCCUGAGACUGUUCCUAAUGGCCCAUCCGAACGAGACGCUGAGCAGAACAGUGACGACGCGGGGUCGCCCGGUCAAGUCCUCGGCGAGUUCGCCACCUAUGCCUAUUACUUUGGCUCUGUCCCUGUAUGGCACACUAUCCUGCUCGCCGCGUUGGUGAUUUUGUACGCGGCAGGGCAUCGGAUGACAGGCCUCGUCCUCAGUUUCUGGACGCAAACUGCAGACGAAUCCGGCCAGGCGACCAACAACUACUACCUGGGGCUCUUCGCAAUGCUCACUGGGUGUACCGUUGUGGGCAUCACUGCGACGGCAUAUUUCUUCCUGGUCGUCAUGGUCCCCUUGAGCUCUGGGGUUCUCCACGCUCGGCUCCUACGAGUGGUUAUGGAUGCGCCUCUCGUCUUCUUCUCGCGCACCGACGUCGGAGUCCUCACAAAUCGCUUCAGCCAAGACAUGUCGGUCAUUGACACGGAGCUGGCAUUUGCCCUGGUGGAUUUGUGCAUCAACGUUUGCCUGAUCAUCAUGUCGAUUAUUCUGAUGUGCGUCUUUUCUGGGUAUUUUGCAGUCGCACUGGUACCGUUCGUCGCUUUCUGUUGGUUGCUACAAAAGUUCUACCUUCGGACGUCUCAGCAAAUCAGACUCCUUGAUCUCGAAGCCAAAUCCCCUCUCUUCACACAGUUCCUCGACCUCCUCCAGGGCCUGUCGACGGUACGGGCGUUCGCGUGGGGCCCACGUUUCAUCGAGCGGUAUCUGGAUCUCCUCGACGCCUCGCAAAGACCAUUCUACCUGCUGUUUUGCAUCCAGCGCUGGCUGGCCCUCGUGCUGGACCUGAUGACUGUCGUCCUUGUAACCGUCAUGAUGGUCCUGGUCGUCAAGUUGCGGGACCAACUAUCGCCGCAGCUUGUGGCUUUGGCCUUCGUGCAAAUCAUGUCAUUCGGCCAGUCGCUGGCCCGGGUCAUCCAGGAUUGGACCAAGCUCGAGACCUCGUUAGGUGCCGUCGCGCGAGUCAAGACCUUUUGCACCGGCACCGUGUCGGAGAACCGUCCCACUGAGACGGGCACCGUGCCCGAGAACUGGCCGACGCAUGGCCACGUCGUCAUCGAGGAUUUGGUGGCCGCGUAUGACUCCCGGGAGAGUGGCGGCCAUGGAGACCCCGUCCUCCGCGGCGUGACCCUCGACAUCCCCGCUGGCACCAAGGUCGGCAUCUGUGGCCGCAGCGGGAGCGGCAAGAGUUCUCUCUUGGGCUGCAUCCUGCGGCUCCUCGAAGUCGCACCGGGCUCGCGCAUCACCAUCGAUGGAGUCGACAUCACGACGCUACCACGGCAGGUUGUGCGCGCUGCAGUGGCCGUCGUGCCGCAGAACCCUUUCUUCCUCAAGCAUACAAACCUUCGUGACAACCUCGUUGUCCUUCACCGACCGCAGGGCAAGGUGGAGCACGAACAUCAGGAGCAGCAGCGGCGGCAUCGGCAAGAACACAGCGACAGCAGGAUCCUCCAAGUUCUGCGCCGACUCCAACUUGAGGAUCUCGUGGUUCGACUAGGUGGCCUCGACAGCCCACUGGACGGCGACCGGCUCUCACAGGGCCAGCGGCAGCUCCUGUGCAUCGCCCGGGCCAUGCUAGCCGGCAAGCGGAUUAUUCUAAUCGACGAGGCGAGCAGCAACGUCGACGAGCGGUCCGAGCGACUGAUCAGGGAGGUCAUGCGUGAGCAAUUUGCCAGCUGCACCGUCAUUGCUGUCGCGCAUCGCCUCGGAGCCGUCGUCGACUUUGAUCGUGUAGCUGUCAUGGGCGGUGGUCGGAUUUUGGAAUGCGACAGUCCUUGCGCACUGCUGGAGCGGGAUAGCGAGUUCAAGAGACUUUGGGACCUUGGGGGGUGUUCGAGGAGCGAUUAGAUUUCCCAGGCUUGUGCGUCUGACUUCCUUUGAUUUGAGGCCCAUGAUUCGCAUCGUGUGAGCAGGAAUUUCAUAUCAUACCACAACAACGACCGACACCGCGCAGGUGCAUAUCCCUAAGGGACCUGGCUUUAUGGCCGUGUAUCUACCCCCCGCCACCCACCCCGACAUGGGGAACAAGGCCAAUGUAGUAUAAGUAUUUUAUAAGGUUCGAAUUAGGCCUUGUUCCCGUCUGAACAUUGCACCAUAGCCGCCGAAGUAACAGGCGCUACACCCCCAGGGAAAGAAAACAUUCCAAUGCGAGUUUCUUCCGCCAGUCCUGGUGACGGCAGAGGAAAACAGUCUGGAGUGGUAGCAGGUCUCUGAGCAACAGUGAUACCAAAGUAUCCCUGGUCGACUGAACGAACGUGUGUUGAGUUAUCACCCUCUCGUCGCUCGCGGCUGCAGGGGAGAGAGAAGGCCCGCCGCAUCGAAGGGUAUACUAAGACGAGCAGUUUUCGUAGGGAUGGGAUCGAGGCGAUUAAUAUAGCGGUGCAAACCUCGACAGAUGACCAGCUUGAGGCGCGGACGAGCUCCCCUGGAUACACAAUUAGAGACGAGAAAAGGAAAAAGAGUGUGGUAGGGACGGUAUUGAUGGGGUGGGCUGACAAGUAAAAUCAAUCUGGAAAUGCCUGAUAUAUACAAUCCGGACAAUGCUUGUUACACAUACCCUAAAGCAGGCUCAGCGCAGAUUCAAUGAAAAGGAGAAGCAAAAGGGCUUUGGGAGAAAACUCACAAUAACCCCAACCCAAACAUGACAAUCAGACCUGUCUUGACGCCGAUAGGGGCGUGAAGCUUCAACAACUGUGGGAUAGGCAACAGAAACAGGACUAUGUCGGUAACCAGCUUGAUUGCGAAAGAGACAUAAUAGAAAACGUAAAGGUCUCUGCAGA